AAAGAAUACAAAAAACAAAUUUUAAAUGAUCAAAAAGAACAUAAUAAUACGAGUAUAACUAUAAGUAAAUAUAAUAGUUGUUCACAAAAAAAAACACGAAAUUUUGAUAAUACUAUAAAGGAUAAUACUAGUUUAAGUAGCAAUCAUAGCUGUAAUUGUGUUAACGAAGAAUUUAAAUCUACUAAAAAAUCGAUAAAUAAGUCACCAUCGUCGUCUACAUCACCAUCACUAUUUAAUUUGUCUGAACCAUCUGAACCGUGCCGAUUUUCACCACCUUCGAUAAAUCAAAAUGUUAAAUUAAAUUGUACUGAAACAAUUUGUAUCGAUUGUAGUAGUAGUAAAUGUCAUGUUAUUGAAUUAAAUGGUGAUAUUUUAUUUAAAAACUUUGAAAAAUCAACUAAAGAUAUCAAUUUACCAACACACGAUGAUGAAUUAUUUAAAACAAGCACAAAAAAUAGUGAUCAAUUAGUAUCUUAUGAUAAUUUACAAGUAAAUCAACCAGAAUUAAAAGUAGAACAUCACAAAUAUCAUCAUCAGAAACAAUCGAAUAUAAAACAAGAAAUACAAGAUAAAUUAGAUGAAGAAAAAAAUGAAGAUGAAAAAUUGAUUUUUAAUAUAAAUAAAUCGAAUUCAUUUUUUAUUAUUGAUGAAUGUAGUAGUAGCAGUAUUAAUAAUAUUAACGAUUAUAAAUUAAAAGAAUCAUUAUUAACACAAACAACAACAGCAGAAGCGAAAACAGUAAUAGCAAGAACAAAUAAUUCAGUAACAAAAACAACAGAAACAAUUAUAAAACCAAUUAUAAAUAAUAAAAUAAAAACAAUAAAAACGACGACAACGUAUAAAGAAAAAGAUACUUCAUCAACAUCAAUAGCAUCUUCUUCAUCAUCAUCAUCAAUCAAAAUAACAUCACCAUCAAAAUUAACAUCAACAACAUCAAGUUCAUCAUCAUCGUCAUCAUCAUCAUCAAUAUUUAUUGAUUCGGGUAUUAAUGAUGAUCAACAGCAAAAUAAUAAAACAUGUAAACAAUCAUAUAAAAAUUUAUUUAGUUUCAAUAUUUUAAGUGGUAUAUGUGGUAAACGUUCAUCAUUUGUUAGUUUACGUAAAUAUCAUAGUGAUUCAUCGGCAACAGUUGUUACAUCAUCAACAACAUCAUUAUUAUAUAAUAAUAAUAAUAAUAAUAAUAAUAACAAUAACAACAGUAACAAUAACAAUAAUAACAAUAACUUUAAUAAUACUGAUGUUAAUUCAAUAACAACAUUAUCAACAAUUACAACAACAACAACAACAACAUCAACAACAUCAUUAAUAACAUCAAUAUCAUCAGAACCAGUAAUUGUUAAAUCAAGCAUAACAAAGCCUUCACCAAUAGCGGCUAUUAUAACAAAUGAUAAAACUGGUAAUAUUAUAAAUUUAACAAAAUUUCAACAACAACAUCAACGUAAUUUAAAAAAUAAUUCAAACAAUAAUAUUAAUGAUAAUAAUAAAUCAAUAUAUUUUGAUUUAUUUAAUAAUGAUAAAUUAUCAACAUCAUCAAUAUUAUCAGCAGCUGUGUCAUUAACAUCAUUAUCAACAACAUCUGAUGAAAAUGUUAUUGGAAAAUCACUAACAGAUUAUAAAAAUGUUAAUAUAAAACAACCAGUUUUCAUUGAAUCUGAAUCAUUAUUAUCAUCUAAUUCAAAAAAAUAUAAUAAUUGUAUACCAUCAACAAGAAAUCAAUCGUCAUCAUUAACAUCAUUUACAAAAAAUAAAUAUAAUAAUAUUAUUAUUAAUGAUAAUUACAAUGAUAAUGAUAUUUUAGAAAUUGAUGAUAAGGAAAUAAAAACUAUUCUACCAAUAUCAAUUGCACUAAAUAAUUAUAUAAAAGAGCAGAAAAUAGAAGAAAGAAAAUUAAAACAACAGGAACAGGAUAAGGAACGGAAGCCGGAAAAGGAAAAAGAAAAGGAACAAAGAAAACAAAACGAUGACAAUAAUUUCAACAGAAAAAUUAAUACAAAUGGUAAAAAUAAAGAAAUUGAUUUAAUUGAUUACUAUUAUUGUUCAAAACAUCAAACAAUAUUAGGUACUAGUAAUAGUGGUAGUUGUGAUAGUAAUAAUACUUAUAUUAAAAGUGAUAGAUCUCAUGAUUCUAAUAAUAUAAUUAAAUUAAACUAUUGUAGUGAAGAUACUUAUAAUACAAAAGAAUUUAUUAAUAAUAUAAAAAAGAAUGACAAUAUUCAAGAUUUAAUAUUAGAAGAUAAAAAAGAGGAUGAUAAUUUAACUGAUAAUGAAUUUAAAAUUUGUUAUUCUAAAACAAAUCCCUCAAAAAAUUUAGCAGUAGCAAACAAUUAUAAUAAUAAUCAAAACAAAAAUAAUAAUAAUAAUGACAUUAAUAAUGAAAAUCCAAAAAAUAUUCAUGAAGCAAAUAUUAUAAAUAAUAAACCACUAUCAAUUAAAUCAGAAAUAUCUUUAAUAGAUAAUACCAAUGCAGAUGAUGAUAUUAAAGAAUUAAAAAUUAUACCAAAUUUAUUUAAUAGUAAUAAUAAAAUAUCAAAAACAACAACAAAUAAAAUUAAAAUUGAUGAUAACAAUGAUUUUCAACAAAAGUUAAAAAAUACAAAAACAAAAUUACGUAAAACUCAAUCAAAUCGCGAAAAAUCAUUUUCAAACUAUUUAUCAAAAUUACAAACACGUUCAACAUUAUCAUUAUCAUCAAUUUCUUGUAAUGAAUUAAAUCAAGAAAAUUUGAUAUUUAAUAAUUUACAAACAUCAUUGAAUUUCUUAUCAUCAACAUCAUUAAAUCAAUUAAGAGACGAUAAUAAUAUAAUAUUAAACGAUAUUGAUAAAUUACGAAAAACCGCUGCGACAACAUCAACAAUAAUAACAGGAACUACUGUAUCAUCAACAGGAUUAAUCGCAACAACAACAACAUCAAUUGCAAAUUCAACAACUGUACAAAAAAAAUAUAAUUUACUUCACUCUCAUUCAUCUACAUCAUCAUCUUCAACAUCAUUACAUCAUCAUCAUCAUCAUCAUCACCACCAUCAUCAUCACCACUCUCAUUCUCAACAACAUCAACAUCAUCAACAAUUACAUAAUCAACAAUCAUCAACAAAUCAUAUUCAUAAUCAGCAACAACAAUAUUCACCAACGAAAAAUAGAAAAAUUUAUUUAGAUAAUUAUCCAUUAUCAAAAACAGAUUGUGAUUUUAUUGAUUGUAAUAAUUGUAAUAUUAUUAAUGAAAAUAUAAAUGAUAAUGAUUUUGAUGAUUAUGAUGAUUAUAUAUUAGAUGAUAAUAAUUAUGACUCCGAAGAUGACAAAGAUUCUGAAGAUUACGAUGAAUUAUUAGGCGCUGUUGGUGGUACAUCAAUUAAAAAAAUACAAUCUCAAUUAUCAUUAGAUGAUAGCAAUAUACAAAAAUUUCAAAAUCAACAACAAGAACAACAAUAUAAUAAUAUUAAAUCUAAUAAAUUAUCCUUAUCAUCAUCAUUAUUAACGAAAAAUAAUAAAAUUAAAGAUGAAUUAAAAACUGAGAUUGAUCUUGAUACAUUUUUUAAUUCAGCUAUAACUGAUUUUAAUUCAUUAUCAAAUUAUAAUAGUAAUAGCAAUUUAAAUAGUAAAAAUGAUGAUGACUUUAUUGGCGAUAAUAAUGAUUUUGAAGCAAUAUUUUUGCCAUCAAUACAAAUAAUUGCUUUAAAAGCAAAACAACAGCAACAACAGAAACAACAUAAAAAAAAUAAAAAUAUUAUAUGUAAUAGUUAUAGUAAAAAUGAUAAUAAAAAAAAUAUUGAUUUAUUAAAAAUACGUUCAAUAUCAAGUCAAUCAUUGAAUUUAAAAAAUGAUUUAUAUGUAAAUUUAAUUAAAACAAAUUAUAAUAAUGAAAAUAUUAUUAAAAAUAAAAUUGAAAAUUCAGAUAUAGAUGGAAAUGAAUAUAAUAGUGAAAUAAAUGAAUUAAAUAUUGAUUGCAAAACGGGUAAAAAAAUUGAACAAAAAUUAAAAAAUUCUAAAUCACAACAACAACAAAUAUCACGCUCAUUAUCAGAUAGAAGUAUUGUAUGUAAAAAUAAUUAUGAUAAUAGUUUUGUUGAUAAUUCAAUAAUAAUAAAUUCAAAUUUAUGUAAACGUAGUAAAAAUUUUCAAAUAAAUAAAGACAAAGACGAAGAUAAUAAUAUAAUUAAUUAUAAUAAGAAAAUCUCCCCAAUAUUAUCUACAGCAACAACAUCAUCAUCAACAAAAACAUUUGAUAUUUUAUCGUUAUCAUCACCAACAGCAACUACAACAACCAUUUCAAAUUUUAAUAAAAACGAACUGAAUAUUAAUGAUAAAUCAAUUAAUAAUCAAUAUUUAUUAUUUAAUAAUGAUAGUGAUAAUAAUGAUAUAAAAUGUAAUAAAAAAUCUAUACCAAUUAAAUUAAAUUAUAAAUCAGAUGUAUUAAAUAAAUAUUAUGAAAAUGAUGAUAAUAAUAUUAAAAAAAAAUUAUCAUCAACAGUAAAAAAUAAUAUUAAAUAUACUCAACAGCAACAAGUAGAUAUUAAUAAAUUAAAUAAAAAAUUAAAAUAUAAUAAGAAUAAUUCUAGAGAAGAAUUAUUAAAUGAAAUUUUAUAUGAUAACAAUCGUUUAAUUAAUUUAGCGUAUAAUAAUAAAAAAAAAUUAUCUGAAACAAAUUUAUUAUUAUUAUUAGAUGAUGAUGAUGACAAUAAUGAUAAAAUAUUAUAUUCAAAUAAUUUUAAUUCAAUACCAAUUACAUCAACAACAAUAACAUCCAUUGCUAAAACAACAACAACAUCACCAACAAUUAUAUCAUCAGCACUUUCUACAUCAAAUAUAUUAAUAUCAAAUAAUGAUAAAUCAUUAAACAAAACAAAUUCAUUAUCAUUAAAUAAUAAAAAUGAUAUUAAGAAAUUCAAAAAUUUAAAAAGAUUUUCGACAAGUGAUUUAUCUUUAGUUAAUAAUAUAUAUAAUGAAGAUUAUUAUUAUAUUGAAAAUAAUAAUAGUUCUAUUAAUAAUACAAAUAAUAUUUUCAAUAAUAAAACAGAUAAUACAACAAUUUUACAACAAAAAAAAUCAAUUAUUAAUAGAGACAAAAUUGAUGAUUAUACAAAAACUACUACAACAACAACCACAACAUCUAAAACAAUAUUUACAACAUCAUCUUCAGCAACAGCAUCAACAACAACAACAAAUAUUGAAAAAGGAAAACAACCAAUUACAGCAGAUAAAAUUAUUGAUAAAUAUAAUAAACAAAUUGAUGUUCCAUUAUCAUCACCACCAUCAACAUUGUUAUCAUCGUCUUUAUCAGUAUUAUUGCGACCAUCAUCAUCAAAUUUAAUAUCUGCGACAUCAUUAAAUGAAAUAUCAAAUUUAUCAUCAUCUACAUCGUCAAUUUCAUCAUCAAUAAAAAAUAAUUCAAUUAAUGGUAAUUACGUACCAUUAACAAAAACUUUAUUGUUUUCGUCAAAUACUAAAAUUGAUAAUAAUGAAAAUAAUCAGCAACAACAGGAACAACAACAUGUAAAUUAUCAACAAAAACAAUUAAUAUAUCAACAAAAACAAAACAAUAUAUUAUAUAAAAAUAAUAAAUUACCCAUAUGUAAUAUUAAAUCAUUUAGUUUAGAUAAUGAUAUUGAAAGAAAAUGUAAUAAAUUAUGUAAUUAUAAUAAUGAAAUAAUUGAUGAUAACGAAGAUAUUAUUAAAAAUUGGAUUAUAACAACAGAAACAACAACUGCAACAACAGCUGCAAUAACAACAACUACUACUACAUCAAAUAAUAUAUACUUACCAUUAUUAAAAAAUAAUAAUAAAAUAUUAUCAAAUUAUAAUAUAAGUAAUAAGAAAUUUAAAUCAUUAACUAAAACAAAAUCGUUAUCAUAUGAUAAAGAAGAAUAUUGUAACUACAAUAGCAAUAAAAAUGAAUUAAUUAAGAAUGAUAUUAAUAUAGAAUCAAUUCGUAAUAAAGAUUCAAUAUAUGAUAAUAAAUUAAAUAAAAUUAAUUAUGAUGGUGAUAAUUUAAAAAAUUAUAUACCAAAAUUAUUAUACAAUAGCAAUAAUGAAAUAAAUAUAGAAAAAUUACAACAACAAGAAAAUCAAUUGAAAAAUCAACAAUUAUACAUGCAAGAUCAUCAUAACCAUCAUCAUCAUUAUAAUAGUAAUAAGGAUCAACAACAACAACAAGAUCAACAACAACAAAAAAUAAAUAGUAAUAAUAAUAAAUUAGAAGAAAUUAAUUAUAAUUUAAAUAUUUUACAUAAUAAGUAUAAUAAUAUAGAUGCAAGUGAUAAAAAAUUGUUUAAUUUAGAUAAUAUUAAUAAUAAAACAAUUAAAAUAACUAAUAAUAGUAAUAAUAAUAAUAAUAUUAGCGGUAAUAAUAAAAAUAAUAAAAAAAAUUCACAAGACAUUGGUUGUACUGAUACUAAUAAUAAAAUAUUAGAAACACAAUUGACAACAGCAACAACAACAAUUACAAAUACUAAUAAUUGUAACACAGUUAAUAAUUCGAAGAUUAUUACUACUGCUACCACUGCUACAUCAUCUACAACAUCUUUAUUAAUAAAUCAACAACAACCACAACAAGAAAAUCAAAAACAAAUUAAACAACUGCCAAAAACUUUAGAAUUAGAUUAUAUAAAAUUAUUAAAUAAUUCAUCAACAUUAUCAAAUAAAAAUAUUAGUUAUAAUAAUUUAAAUAAUUAUCAAUUAAUCGAAAAAAUGGUUGGUAGUACAACGACCACAAAUCAUAAUUUAAAUGAUCAUCAGCAACAUCAGCAACGUCUCCAACAAAAUUUACAACCACAACAACAACAAUCACAGUCUCAUCAUCAUCAUUCCCAUUCACAUCAUCAUCAUGACCAUACAAUGACUAAUAAUAGUAGUAGCAGUAAUAGCAGUGGAGGUGGUAAUUCUACAACAAUUGGUGGUAGUGGUGGUGGUGGUGCUAGUAUAGGAAUUGGUAAUACCAGUAUUUGUUCUUCUUCUAUUAUUAAUCAGCAACAACAACCACAAUCACAACAGCAACAACAUUAUACUCAACAUCAAACUAGUACUGGACAAAAUUUUAAUUCUUCACAAUUAGUUACAAUGCCUGGAAAUAGUAAUGUAUCAAAUACAACAAAUGGAACUUCAAUGUCAGCAAAUAAUCAGCAAUUACAGCAGCCUCAACAACAACAAAAACAUUUAUCAAAUUCGAUGAUAUUAACUAAUACAUCAUCAACAAAUUUAACAACAUCUAUAGUUAAUUCGUCUUCUCUAGCUAAUUCAUCUAGUACAUCGGCUGUUGUAACAACGUCAUCUACAUCAUCUUUAAAUGCUUGUGAUACUUUACAACAACAACAGCAACAACAGCAAUCAAAAAGUUUAGUACGUGUCGAUAACACAAAUUAUUCCUUUCAUGAACAAAUUAUAAUGUCCGGUCAACAAAAAAGUGCAUUACAAGAAAAACCAAAACCAUUAGUUGUAUCACCACAACAAGUGAUGGUAUUAUAUUUACAUAAAUUAACACCAUAUGAAAGAAAUGAAAUUUUAACGUAUCCACGUAUAUAUUUUAUUGGUGCAAAUGCUAAAAAACGUCCGGGUAUAUUUGGACCAAAUAAUUCGGAUUAUGAUAAUGAACAAGGUUCAUAUAUACAUAUACCACAUGAUCAUGUUGCUUACCGUUACGAAGUAUUAAAAAUAAUUGGUAAAGGUAGUUUUGGUCAAGUUGUUAAAGCAUAUGAUCAUAAAACACAUGAACAUGUAGCAUUAAAAAUGGUUAGAAAUGAAAAAAGAUUUCAUAGACAAGCACAAGAAGAAAUUCGUAUAUUACAUCAUUUAAGAAAACAAGAUAAAUAUAAUACAAUGAAUAUAAUUCAUAUGUAUGAUUAUUUUACAUUUCGUAACCAUAUGUGUAUAACAUUUGAAUUAUUAAAUAUUAAUUUAUAUGAAUUAAUAAAAAAAAAUGGUUUUAAUGGUUUUAGUUUACAAUUGGUUAGAAAAUUUGCUCAUUCUUUAUUACAAUGUUUGGAUGCGUUAUAUAAAAAUAAAAUAAUUCAUUGUGAUAUGAAACCUGAAAAUGUUUUAUUAAAACAACAAGGAAGAUCUGGAAUAAAAGUCAUUGAUUUUGGUUCAUCUUGUUAUGAGAAUCAGCGUGUGUAUACGUAUAUUCAGUCAAGAUUUUAUCGUGCACCUGAAGUUAUACUUGGCGCAAAAUAUGGUAUGCCAAUAGAUAUGUGGUCAUUAGGUUGCAUAUUAGCUGAAUUAUUAUCUGGUCAUGCAUUAUUCCCUGGUGAGGACGAAGCUGAUCAGUUAGCAUGUAUUAUAGAAGUAUUAGGAAUGCCACCAAAAAAUUUAUUAUCCAACUCAAAGAGAGCAAAAAAUUUCUUUAAUGCAAAGGGUUAUCCACGUUAUUGUAUAGCAACAACUUUAGAUGACGGUAAAGUAAUUUUAAGUGGUGGUCAAUCAAGACGUGGUAAACCAAGGGGCCCUCCUGGUUCAAAAAACAUUAUAAAAGCAUUAGACGGAUGUAAAGAUCCAUUAUUUUUAAAUUUUAUGAUUAGCUGUUUAGAGUGGGAUCCAGAAAAGCGAAUGACACCGUGUGCUGCUUUAAAACAUCCAUGGUUAAGGAGAAGAUUACCAAGGCCACCAAAUGGAGAGCAGUCAACAUCAUCAACAACACCAGGCUCCGGGGGCGGCGGUGGUACAAACGGUGGUGAUGGAAGUAGUGGUUGCGGUGGGGCUGGUGGCGGAGGUGGAAGUAAUAGCGGUGGUUGUGAUGUUAGUAAUAUUGGAUGUGGUAGUAGUAGUGGAACAGCUGCAAUUGGUGGUUCGACUAGUAAUAUAAAAAAUAGUAAUAGUAGUACAGCAGUUAUAAAAAAUAGUCAUACCAUAUUAGAAAAUAAUGGUGCUACAGACGUGACAAUAGUUGGCAGUAUUUCCAAUAAUAUAUCAAAUACUGAUACGUUUGAUCGUUGGGCAACUGGAAAAACAUCACGGUCAUCAAGAAGUAGCUCAUCAAAAACAAAUUGUAAUUCAGUGAACGCACAACAACAGCAUAUAUUAGUAAAUGGUGGAGGAAAUAGUUAUAUUCAACAAACGGCUAGUGGGGCAAAUUCAGAUAGCACGUGUGGUAGUUCAUUGUCUAGUAAUUUAAUUGGUAGCUUAAAUCAUCAUCACCAAACUCCAACUUCAAAUAAUAAACACCCGCAAAUUCAUGUAGCUUCAAUGUCAAAUGGUGUACAUUGUAUUAGCAGUCAAUCAUCAUCUGCUGGUUCAGCAUCUCGUCAUCAUCAUCAUCAUCAUCAUUUUCAUCAUCACCAUCACCAUCAUCAUUCAGCUACACAACAACAGCAACAACAUCAGCAACAACAACAGCAACAACAACAACAGCAACAAACGGGUAUAACUAUUGCUUUACCAUCUUCAUUAUCAGCUUCAUCAUCUCUAUUAUCAUCACCAUCAUUAUCAUCUAUUCCAAAUGUUUCGACAAUUAUAACGACAACAUCAACAACAUCCGCACUAUCAUCGUCUAUUGUGAAUUCAACAUCAACAAUAAUAAAUAAUUCAAUUAUAACAAUACCAUUACAUUUAGCAAAUUACAGUAAUAAUAUUAGCAGUCAUAAUCACCAUCAUUGUGGUAGUAUAACAGAUUCACAUUGCAAUCAAAUAAUAACAGCUACAUCAACAUCGACCACAACAUCAUCAACAGUAGUAACAACAACAAAUAAUUGUAAUUGUAGUAAUAAUUUACUAUUACAUCAUAAUAAUACAUUAUCAUCUACAUCAUUAAAUACUGCACCAAUAAUAGCAUUUAACUCAAAUAAUAUUAAUAAUAGUAGUAAUAUUUCAAAAUUGAUUUCAACAACAAUUGCAUCAACUAUAAUAACACCAUUAACAAUGUCAACAAUUACAACAGCAGUAGUAGCAGCACCAACAACAUCAUCAAUAACAUCUAUAACAAAAAAUUUACAUAAUAAUCAAAUUUCAUCAAUUAAAAACCAAACAUUAGAUUCAACAUCAUUACAAAGUUUUUUACAUCAUCAUCAUCAAUUGUUGACGGAUAAUAAUACAUCAUCAUCAUUAAAUAAAUAUAGUAAUCAUCAUCAUCAACAACAAUAUAACAGUCAUCAAGCAGGUGGUAAUUUAAUAGAUCCAACACAUACAACACCAGCAACUAUUCUUACCUUAGAAAACGGUAUAGCAACUAUAAAUACAAUAGGAACAAAUUCUACAGCAGCAGUAGUAACAUCAGGUGUAAUAUCAGAUGAUAGUACAGCAACAUCAACUUUAUCAAAUGGAUCAAAAAAUAUGGAUAAUUUAGUAAUGUUGUCAAACAAUGAAAUGCACUUAAUAAAUCAUGACGAUAAUUCAAUAUUAUUAAAAUCCAAACAUACGUAGCUAUAUAUA